AUGGCCAAUUUCACAAAAAUAAUUUUAAAUGCCAAUAUUCGUAUGCUUUUUUAUUAUGGUGAUUUAGAUGUUGUUUGUAACUUUUUGCUUGGACAACGCUUUACUGAACAACUUGGAUAUAAAGUAAAAAAUGCAAAAUAUCCAUGGAUUGUAAAUGGACAGAUUGGUGGAUUUGCGACAGAAUAUGUAAAUGGACUAACUUUCACGACAGUUAGAGGAGCUGGACACAUGGUUCCCCAAUCCAAACCUCAAGAAUCCUUGUAUAUGUUUAAACAAUUUUUGGAUAAUAAACCUCUUUAA